AACACGUACUUAAUAUGUGUAUUCGAAUGUGUAAAGUAUAUUAAACGAUGGCUGCUCAGGUAAGGUGUAUAUAUACUUAUUAUUAUCUUUUUAUUGAACCACAUAUGCAGUUACAUAAUAUAUUUGUAUGCAAGUCUAGUUUAAAGAUAAUUGUUUUAAUAAUAAAAGAAUAUGUUAAGCUAUAUUAUCAACUAUGUAUUUUAAAUUAACAAUUGAGAGGAUACAAAAAUUUUUUUUAAUGAAUUUAGAAUGUAAUAUGUAGAGUCAUAUUUUUCUUUUGAUUUGUAUCUGAAAUUAACUCCGCUCGCUGAAAUGUCUAGUUAGAAAGUUGUAAGCUUAAUCAAUAUGCAGAUCGAUAAACUUCAAGUGAAAUAUCGCAAUAACAUUAGUGGAAAUAAAGUAAGUAUCUGUGUACUUCGCAAAAAACUGAUAGCAAUAGAGGAAUCAAUAAACUGUGCUGAAACAUAUUAGUGUAUUGAUCUGCGUAGCGGCUAUUGCUUUAAAAACAAAAUAUUCCUGAACUUUAUCACGGGAUCUAAACAUCAUUGCAGCCGAAGAAAAUUAUUUUCAAAUACAUAUAACUUGCUCAUUACUGAUAUCCCGUAGCUCUAUAGAAGAAAGCAAUCCUUAUUCACGAUCACAAAUCAUCCUCUAAGUGAACUCUCACCCACGUCAUUUCAGAGUAGGUAACUCCGACAUACUGUUUACAUACUUUGUUAGGAAUCUUGGUUAUAUUCUGUCCAACAACUUGUCUCUCGAUAAUCACAUCUCUUACAUUUGUCACACUGCAUUCACCGAUAUCCGUCAAAUCAGCUCCAUCCGCUACUACCUCACAGUUAUCGCAACAAAACCCUUAGCCUAUGCUCUUGUUCUCUCUCGUCUUGACUUUGCAUCUCUCAUCUGUAAGGUGCAUCUAACUAUUUUAUUGAAAAACUGCAGAAAGAUCAAAACUCAGCUGCUAGGCUAGGUCUAAAGGCAAACAAAACAUGAGCACGUCACACAAUAAGUUCUUUCACUUUAUUGGCUUUAUGUACAAGAACCGAUUGACUACAAAGUCUCUAUUCUCUGCCACAACUUUUUCUCGAAUUCCUGCCCUUCCUUUCUAACUGAACUUCUCUCAGUCUAUUCACCCCUUCGACAGCUUCGCUCCUCCACAGACGCGCGUAUUUUUUCUGUCCCUCAGACUCCCACAAAAAAUUACGUUGGACGAUCUUUCUCUUUCUGUGCCCCCUAAGCUAUGAAAUUCUCGUCCACUGAACAUUUGCAAUAUACAGACCAUAUUAACUACAUAAUAGGGUCAUAUAGAAAUGGCUGAUUAAAGACGAUGUUGUGGACUUCGCAGGACGAAUUCCACAAGGAAUGGGAUUAUUCUUCUAGGAUUAUAAGCUUCUGCCCAACAGAAAAUCACCUCUCUCCACGUUGGUGGAUAGACCAUAAGGGAACAUCAUGUGGCAGGCACCAGUCGUGUCACAGGAGUUGUCAGUUUGUUUCUUUGUUUUAAUGCUAUCCUCCAAUGGGACUCCCUCCAUGGGUUUUAAUUCAGAGUUCUUCUCGUAGAUUAGUUCCAUGCAAAGUUAACGAGUCCCAUCCACCCAGGUAGCUGGUGAUGCAUUUGCUUGAUUGAACUCCAGACCAUAAACUUGAGAAUUUCUCUGUUCAGUCCAUUCGGCAAUUCGGCACCAAAUUGGCUGAUAACUUAUUCAAAAAUAUUUUAUGACAAAUUUUAGGUUUAAAGAAAAUAUCAAAAAUCAAUAAAGAGAGAAUGUUCGCGUUGCAAUAGGAAAUGUGUACCCCGAUCUGCCAAACUUUAAAGUUUUAGAAACGGACGUCACCGGGGGGGGGGGGGAUGAUACUCAGCUCCUGGGUCUUUUGGGUCAGACCUAAGGGUGUGCAAAUUAAAAACAUAUACAGGGCACGACCGUGAGCAACCCAGGAAAAAACCCGAUUGUUUUAAAAAUGCGAUCAAGGAAAUACUACAGUUUUCAAUCCAUAUUCCAAAACUGAACACAGGUUCACUACAUUAAAGAGCUGCAUGUUAUAGACGUGUGCUAGAAAGCUCUGGAAGUCUCAUCUGAGGCCCAACGGCUGUCUCGCAUUGUAGUUCAUUCUUCAUGAUUUCAGAAUUAGAUCGGGCUAAGCCAGAAAUUACUUUUUCUCGCAAAGAAUAACUUUUCAUUAUCUUGGAAUAUGUUAUGGACAAGAAAGGCGAGAAUUCCGCUGGGCUUGUUUAUAUCCACGCUUCAACCAAUGUGUAUAUUACACUGUUUACUUACAUUUAGAGUUUUCUCAAAGAAAUAGAUUAUUACAUCUGACAUAUAGAUUUCUUGCAGAACUAUAGUGUUUUGAAUCUAAAUUACGCGAAAUAGUUUUGAUAUUUACAAAAGAAAUUAAUAAUAUAAAUUAUAAAAAGUAGCUUUAUUUUAUUUAGGGAGAAUUUAUGAUAUUGUAAAAUGUUCAUAGUCAACAAGACUGAAUAAUUAAUCACCUAGAGAACAUAGCAUUUCUUUUAUCAUUUUUAAAAAAAUAGAUCAUCGGACUAAAUCAAAUGGAGGCAUUCCCAUGUGCGUUUAACCUGAAAUGUGCACCUCCAACUAGACACCAUCUCCAACACAUGAAGCACAACCUAUCAACGGACAAACCCACUGGAAAAUAUUAUAAAAUCGAAGAGACACGAAAUAAGAAUUUAUUAACUUGGGUUGAGCACCUAAUUGAACCACUGGAAAGCUUGGCUAAAGAGAUAAAUGAAGAAGUCUUGGCAGCUACAGAAAAUUAUAACAUUCCAUCUAUGGCUAAUCGGGUUUUUAUUUUAUACAGAGAAGGAAAUGACAUUGACGCUGAAGAAUAUGUUAAUACUCUAAAAGCCAUGAAAGAGCGUCCAGAUUUUGAAGACCUGAUGACAGAAGCUAAAGCUGAGCAGGCGUAUUAUUACAGCAGGAUGGGAGCUUUUGAUAUGUCAGUCAAACUGUUUCAAGAAAUCGUCACUAAAGAGCCUUUAAAUCUCCUGUGGAAGUACGGACUUGGACUUAUGUACAGGCGCAUGACAAACUUCAAUGUGUGCUACUCGGUCACAAAGGAAUACAACGUAUCAGAGCUU